AUGGGCAAUGCUCCUUCCAAUGCCCGCAACCCGCCCUCCGCCGCGCCCUCCGGCGCGGCUUCCCCGUCGAUAUCUCCCCCUCCUCAUGAAUUCACAAAGCCGUCGUCCACACGGAGGGUAAUCCAACAAAGGUCUGCCGCUGCUCCUGAGCCUUCUUUGGCCCAGGCUCGUGGAACCACUACCACCGCGACCACCACCGCGACACACCGCCCACGCGUUUCUCAAUCAAAUCCUGUCAACCAACUCGGUCAACAAUCGCAAACCCCCAACACAUCUACUCCGUCAUCCCACAGCAACAGCAGCGAUUCUCAAAUGGGUUCGCAACAAUCUCGGGAGGAGCCUAAGGUCGAGCACGUCGAGGUGCGAGAUCAACCAAGCCAGCCCGUUGAUGUGCCCGCCCAGGGAACCAAUCCUGACGCCAUCUCAAUCCCGUAUCCCGAAUCGAUAGAACCCUCGGGCCCGCCAACCACACAAGAUAUGUCGUAUCACCUCACGCGGCCCCCGAGACUGCCGCUUCCUAUUGAGGAGGAGGUUCAUACCCCAGGCUCGCCAAUCAUCGCCCCAUCGGACGUCAACCCGCCUGUGCUGGACAUAGAGUCCCUCGACGAUGAUACUCUUCCUCGACGUGCUUCUGCGCUCAGCAAUACUACGAUUGAUGAAGAAGAUGCCGAAGAACUACGCGUGGAUAAGACAAAGGCGACGGUACCAACAAAGCUCGAAUGGUUAGAAGGCAAGGGAGGGGAAAAGGUAUAUGUCACAGGUACUAUUUUCCAAUGGAACAAGAAGCAUAGGCUUCAUCCAGUGAUAAGUGAGGGUCAACCGGGUGUCUAUAGGUCGUUCGUCCAUGUCCGGCCAGGAACGCAUCAUAUCAGAUUCAUUGUCGAUGGCAUAAUGCAAUACUCGAAGCAUCUCCCGACCACCGUUGAUUUUGGCAACAAUCUAGUCAACUACAUCGAAGUUAGCGCCGACGAUAUCCCCAAAUCUAUCACCGCUUCCGAGGAAACAAAAUCUGCUAGUGGAGAAAGCCAGACGCCUGAUCCAUCGAAAAAGGGAGAAGCAAAAUCGGGCGAGGAUGAGAAAUCUGAGACUGCGAAACCCGCAAAAACCAAGCCCGUUCUUCCCCAGGGUCGAUUCUCGUCGCAGGUGCCGCAAUAUCUCGUCGACCUGGACAAGGCAGAGGAUUCCGCCGAGUAUCAGUACGCCGCAGCUGCUAUUGAGAAGCUUCCCACGCCACCUAGUCUUCCUGGAUUCCUUGGCAAGCCAAUCUUGAAUGCUGCUACCCCUAUGAAGGACGAUAACAGUGUCUUAACGAUGCCAAACCACACUGUUCUGAAUCACCUCGUAACCAGCAGAAUAAAGGAGAAUGUGCUUGCCGUCUCUGCUACCACUAGAUAUAAGAGAAAGACAUGUCGGCUUGCGGCUGUGAGUGCUGCGCCCGCCACUGAAAUGCCCCAUGGCCAUGCAGGAUUUCCUUACAAGGCGUGCCCGGGGAAGCCUUCUUAUCCCCCCAAUCCUUCUUUCAGCGCACAGCUAAGUUCCGUUCUCCUAUGCCUAUCGGUACCAUUUUCUCUUCUCUUCAUGGCUUUCCUAUCCAGCCCCCGACCGAGUGAGCGCAGCUCUGUGAGCCCAAUCAGGAGGCGCUUAGGCGACACGCAAUUCCGCUACUCCUCUAUAGACCUUAAGAAGAACGAAGUGCGGCUUCUACGGCUAUUGCCAGGGAGCGCGCAUUCGAUGGUCCACUGCGAAAUAUUUCAUGACUCUCUGGACGCUCCCCGCAAUUAUUCCGCGCUCUCUUACGCGUGGGGUAUUGCGGAGAACACGCGGUUGAUCCGUCUAGAUGGAUACUCGUUUCCGGUCACGGAAAAUCUGAUGCUCGCACUUGAGCGUCUCCGUCUAGAGAACAGAAGUGUGAUACUUUGGGUGGAUGCUUUAUGUAUCGAUCAGAAAAACGUCAAGGAGCGUAAUCACCAGGUGCAAAAGAUGAGGCAUAUCUACCGAAAAGCACAGCGCGUUGUGAUGUGGCUUGGCCCUGAAGAAGCCAAUAGCAAGUUGGCUAUGGAUGUGGUUUGGGAGAUAUAUCAUCAUCCUGAUCGUCUCCAAGAUAUUGUCGAAGAUGUUAGCUUUAGACCUCACUUCACUGCUUUGGUUCACCUAUUUGAGCGCAAUUAUUGGCAGAGAAUCUGGGUUGUUCAGGAGGCUCUCAAUGCUAAAAAGAUUGCGGUCUAUUGUGGGCCGGAUGCUAUACCUUGGACAAUGCUCACAAGGGUCUCAAGACUUUUCCAAACAGGAAGGAAGGUUAUUAUACAGAAGUUCAAUGAUUUUAUUACAAAGGGCAACGGCUGGGAUGAUAUUCUGCUCUCGGGAGGACCUAUGAACCUUGUUGACGUGGGCAGGAGAAAUCGCGAGUCCGACAUGCUUGAAACUCUUCUGUUCCACAGACACAAGCUGUGCGUCGAGCCUAAGGAUAAAGUGUUCGGGAUACUGGGUGUACUAAGAAGCCAAGAAAGGAGGGAAUUCAAAGUCGACUACAGCCUAUCCACACGGCAGACCUAUAUCGACGUUGCGCACUACAUAUUGCGUGUAAGUCGUCGCCUUGAUGUUAUCUGCGCCAGCUUCCCUCGCGAACCAAAUAUCCACCAACUUCCUAGCUGGGUCCCGGAUUGGGAACAGCGUGUAUCGACGGAACCAAUGUGUAGGACCACAAUCAAUCUAUCUGAUACGUUUUGCGCUGCUGGCGAUACGUUGGCCGAAUUCUCGCUCUCGGAGUCUGGGGAUCACCUCGAGAUAUCCGCAGUUGUCAUCGGCACCCUUUUAGACCUUGGAAGCCCAUUAUCAGAUGUCACGGCGCUGGAUACUAUUAUCCUCACAUUCCACCACUGGCGGUCAGCUCUCCUCCGAUCCAAGAAAUACAUCAGCGAGGAAGACCACGAGGCGUUCUGCCGAACAUUAUGCUGCGGAUCAAUGGAUGACGAAAAGUCCCCUCGAGAUCUCAUGAGCUUAGCCUAUCGAUCAUUUGCUAGCCUAACACGAGAAACCAAUCCAUCCUAUAUCAUGGAUCAGCAAAUGACUGCAUACGCCGACGCCUUCCACCCGUCGAUGGUUCCGGAACGAAAAGAGUUCAUCUCCGAUCACAUCAUUCCCGCUGUCCAAGGCCGAAGGCAAUUAAUCAGCUUAAUGAUGGGAAGAGGGACUUGGAGAUUUUUGAGAUUCAUUGAUCAAAGGACCCUAGUUCCGGGCUGGUGCCACCUCCCUUCAGCAGCUACCCCAACUAGGUCAGGGCAUUGA